AUGUUUGUAUCUGGUGUCAACAUCUUAUCUGGUCAUAGAUUUGUAUCCGGUGUGAACAACAUUGAAUCACUGCUAAUUGAUACAUAUUGCUUCCUAAUUCACUCACUUUCUGAGAUCGGUUUUUACCGUAUAUACAAUUGUGAUCCAAAAUUGAAUAUAGAUGCAACUGACAUUAAUUUAUAUAUAUANUUGGGCGUAUUCACAGUGCUAACACUUUUGGUCACUCUCAAACUCCUUAUACAUGAACACAACCACUUCUUUGUUUUGGCUGAAUUUGCUCAUUUUGUUGGUAUCUUGGUUUUGAUUUACAAGUUGUCCACACUCAAGACUUGCUCUGGCCUUUCAUUGAAGACUCAACAGCUUACAGCAAUAUUUUUAUUUGUAAGAUUAUAUUGUAGCCUUCAAGUUGAAGGAGAUAUUCAUACUUUGCUAGACCUUGUCACUCUUGUGGCAACAUUCUGGCUUAUUUAUAUGAUGAAGUACAAGUUGAAGUCAUCCUACAUGGCAGAUUUGGAUAAUAUGAAGAAAUAUGUUGUGAUAGUACCUUGUCUCGUAAUAGCCUUCUUUAUCCAUCCGCGGACAAAUAAUCUUAUUAUCAGUAUACUUUGGGCUUUUGCUACAUAUAUAGAAGGUGUCUCGGUGCUGCCUCAACUUCGCUUGAUGCAGAACGUCAAGAUUAUUGAGCCAUUCACAGCUCAUUAUGUGUUUGCGUUGGGCGUUUCAAGAUUCUUCAGUUGUGCUCAUUGGAUCAUUAAGGUGUAUGAUACAGCUGGUUCAUAUUUGUCUUUGACUGGAGGGGGUUUCUUGUGGAUACCAAUGAUCAUUUUAGCCGAAGUCGUUCAAACAUUCGUUUUGGCCGAUUUCUGUUAUUAUUAUGUGAAGAGUGUCAUACAAGGUCAAAUGAUGGUUCGCCUGCCAGCAUAGGUGUAAAACUCCAAUGACUGCAUUUUAGAGACUAUACUAUGUUGGUGUUUUCUAAGUCAAGUUCUUCUUGUGAAUAAAUAAAUAUUAUGGCAUUGUUGCAUUUAAGCUACUUUGCUGAAGUGCUGAUGAAUUGUGCAC